ACAUCAUUUUAAACAUUAUGUUUUCAGAUAUGGCGACUGAAGAUGUUCGCGCUGAGUCUGAAAAUGCACUCAUUUUCAAGGCAUCCAAGGCAAUCGUUGACACAUCGGCGUUGAUAAAGGCGCCACUCGAUGAAAUUUGCAAGUUUUCCGAGACUCUGUACACAGUAGAAGAUGUCUUGAAAGAGCUACGCGAUAAGAAAACGAAACAUAAAUUGGCCUUUGUUCCAAAUUAUCUAAAAGUUUUGACUCCAUCUGAAAAUAGCUACAAUUUCGUAUGUGAAUUUUCGCGAAAAGCGGGAUGUUAUCAAGCACUUUCAGUCGCCGAUCUCAGGGUCAUGGCUCUAACUCAUCAGCUCUAUGUAGAAACUUGUGGAUCCGAGGGUUUGAAAUCGGAGCCCACGAGUCGAGUUCUUGUAUCAGAGAAGAAAAAACCGGAUAUGAGCAGCGACUCAGCGGAGAUAAUUAAGCAUAAGGAUGAUGCGAAAAUUCCAGGUUUCUAUGUACCGGGAAAGGUUGCUGAAAAGGAAGAUGUUUCUGAAAUCUCUGCGACAAUAAUGGCAGAGAAUGAUAACUCUGAGGAGCAAAAUUCCGAUGAAUCAGAAGAGGAUGACGAUUCCGGUUGGAUUACAAAAGAUAACUUACGUGAUGCACAGAGGAAAAUGGAGAGAUUGCAUUGCAAAGAAGAGGAAACCAAUGGUCGAGACGAAGUUGCGUGUGUGACACUCGACUACACAAUGCAGCGCGUUCUUCAGCAGAUUGGAAUCACGAUCAUGUCUGUUGACGGAGUAAAGUUGUCAAAAUUGAAAUCUUAUGUCUUAAGAUGUUAUGCUUGUAUGGCAAAGACUCCCAAUGUUUCUAAGGUGUUUUGCCCUGAAUGUGGUUUGAAGACACUUAAGCGUCUCUUCUACAGCAUUGAUGAUAAUGGAGAAAUCAUUUACCACUUUUCGAAAAAUUACGUGCAUAGUACCAGAGGAUUGAAGUACCACGUUCCGAGACCUCAGGGAGGAAAGCAUGGACAAAACCCCUGGGUCGCGGAAGAUCAGAGGUUCCCCUUGAACCAGGCUCCAAAGAAAAAUAGAACUAAGAAUAUGCCACUGGACCCAGAUUAUAUUGCUACUACUGGUCCAUUCACGACUAGAGAUACUCAUAGCAGGUAUUUCAAUGUUCGUCUAGGGUCUCAACAGACAUUCAAAUGGAUGCAGAAAAAUCCUAACGAAAACAAAGGCGCACAAAGUAAAAGACGAUAAAAAUACUUGUUUUCUGAAAUUGAAUUCUUCGGGCAUUUG